CUCGUCGUGUCUUCGUAAGAAGGCGGACCAUCGGUGGCGUCUGCCUUCAACGAACUCAAUAGUAAAUUACGUUACAAAUAAAAAAAGUUCUAAUUCAUUAAUAAUGACUCGUUAUCUGUGGUCAUAUGUGACAGUUUUGUGUUUGACGAAUUUGGCGCUAAAAUCUACGAAUUGUCAAUCAGAGGCAGUGGUAGCAAAACAUGCAUGUGUGAUAGGCGCGGGAUACUCCGGCCUGGCUGCCGCUAGGUACUUGCAAGAGUAUGGAGUCAACUUCACCGUGUACGAGGCGUCGCGGCACAUUGGCGGCACGUGGCGUUUUGACCCUCAUGUCGGCACUGAUGAAGAUGGCCUGCCGCUGUUCACCAGCAUGUAUAAGAAACUAAGAACAAACACUCCCCGCCAGACGAUGGAAUACGCGGGAUUUCCGUUCCCAGAAAACACGCCAUCUUACCCAUCUGGGGGCUGUUUUUACAAGUACCUUCAGAGUUUCGUCAAACAUUUUGAUCUCAUGAAGUAUAUUCGUUUUCGUAGUCUAGUGACCAGAGUGCGAUGGGCGGACGACCAUUGGGACUUGACCUAUAUCGACAGCGACGAUAAGAACAGUUACACUGAUGCUUGCGACUUCCUCAUUAUCGCCAGUGGACAGUACAGUAAUCCAGUAAAGCCUACAUUCCAAGGACAGGAUAUUUUCAAAGGUAACAUAAUACAUAGCCACGACUACAAGGACCCGGAGGUUUUCCGAGGUCGUAAGGUGAUGGUUGUCGGCGCGGGUGCAUCUGGUCUCGACCUCGCGACACAUUUAUCCAACGUCACCGCAAAGCUGGUCCACAGCCAUCAUCUCAACUACAACCAGCCCAAGUUCCCCGGCAACUACGUCAAGAAGCCAGAUAUAAAUCUCUUCACGACAGAUGGAGUUAUUUUCCAAGAUGGCUCCUUCGAGGAUAUCGAUGACGUCAUACUUUGUACUGGUUAUGAGUAUAACCAUUCGUUUGUGGACGAGAGCGCCGGGCUGACUGUGUCGGGCAAGUUCGUGCUGCCUCUGUACCAGCACAUAGUCAACAUCAGACAUCCCACUAUGACCUUCCUUGGUGUCGUAGGCAAAGUCAUCACACGAGUAAUGGAUGCUCAGGCGCAGUACGCAGCAGCUCUUGCCGGUGGUCUGUUCGAGCUGCCGCCCCAGCAGAGCAUGCUUAGGACCUGGUUGGACCACGUGCGCUCUCUGCGCACCAAAAACUUAAAGAUUAUCGACGUCAACAUCGUUGGUGAUGACAUGGACUACUACUUCGCGAACCUGACGUGCGAGGCGGGCGUGGUUCGCGCACCGCCCGUACUCAAAGCAAUGCGGGACUUCAACGCUGUCAACCGACUAGAAGACCUCCUUAAUUACAGAGAUUACGACUACCAGAUCUUAGAUGAUUGUACAUACGAUAGAAAAUAUAACCCAAGACCAGAAGACACUUGCUACAUUGAUAUAUAAGAACUAUAUAACUAAAUUUAUCGGAUGUCAGAUAAUAUCGACAUAUUGCCAUCUCUCUUAUUCUGUAUUAAAAAGACAGAGAUAAUGUGCUACUACAAUUAAUACGUCAAUGGAUUUCAAGGUUACGAAAUGUAAAUCAUAAUAAUAUGUCAUUGUCUAUUGAAAAAAUACAGUAAUCUUUUUCGUGUGUAUGUAAGUUUUUAUGUAUGUGAGUUUGUAUGUAACACAGAGAUAUAACAAUUCAAACUAUUUUGUAGAGUAAGGUGUCAUAGGAUAUAUAUCUAGAGUGUCAUAGGAUAUUUUAUAUGGAAAAAUAAAUACAGUUUGAAAAACAAGUUCGAAUCUCUAUAGUCAACAUUUUUUUUAAUCACUAAAUUAAAGUUUAGAUUUUUCUAGCAUCUUCUAAAAUAAAGAAGUAUCACAUGUAACAUUACUAUAUUUAGUUUAAUUUAUAAAUUUAAAACUUGAUAAUGACGUCAUAGUGACGUCUUGACAUCAUUUAUCGUGGGUUUCUGAGUUCAAAAUCAUUGUAUAAAAUUUAUCGUCAUCCCUGUCAUUAUCUUUGACAAGUCCGAUAUACAGUGUUUUAAAAGAUUUUAGACAUAGAAACCCAAGGUUAUAUUUGUUUUAAAAAGCAGGCAAUAGUAAGUCAGUCGGGAUUUUUUUUAAUUGUCUCUUUUUUUCCAAUGACAAUGUUAGGGAUCGCAUUAUUGUAGUUAUGCAAGUGUUGGGACAGUGGAAACCCAUUGUCCUAUUGUUAGCGUAUUCGGAAAGAGAUACGCCGAUGAUUUUGUUGUUGGAUUGGUUUGUCCAGAACUAUUUAUUAGCGCUAGUGUGCUAUGUUGCUUCUAAGCCAAUCGUAAAUUGUUUAAAAUUCAAUAUACAUAACGAGGUAGUGUUGUAAAUGUUUACAUUUUUAAUUUAUUAAAUAAAAGCUCUCUAUGACCGAGUCACAUAUACAUGUCUACCUAUAAUGACAUGAAUUAACAGAAUGCUUGGACAGUUUUGUGUAAUCUGUGCUGUUAAGUGUUACCACUAGAUGUAUUUUGAUAAUCAAUAAAAAAUAUUUCUAAUAAAUAAUUUAAUACCUUUAUAAAAUAUUUAAAAAAAAUUAUUACCAUAUUGUAACACAAAUUAAGACAUUAAGUAACAAUAUAUAAUAAGUUUUAAAAAAGACAAUAUAAAUGCCACAAUGUUAGAGAACGUCAUACCUUUAAGGCAAUAAUUAUUAAAAAUAAAUAUAUAACUUCAAACAUGGCUUAUAAUGUUAAAAUAUUAAACUUAAUAAAAC